CUCCUUGCUAGUGUCUUACAGGACUCUAGCGCAUGCCGGCUUUAUCGGGCAAAAAAGCCGCUUUUAGAGGAGCACAAGGGCUCAAUAAAUCUCACACGUGACUCGCACGGAUCAGCGCUUUGGCGAAUUGCAGCACUCUGCGGUCAGCAUCACACAGCAGGGCUAAUACACUGCGCCAGGCCAAGCAAGUGCUGUGCUUGUCCGCCGCGGUGUAGACGCGCCGACGGCCGCUUGACCAGAACUCGACGCCAGAAGUCGCAGCAGCAAAGGUAGCGAACGAUGAGCCAACGCGCCGUGCUGGCAGCAGGCGCCGUCGCCGCGGCCGCCGCAUGGCUCAUACGACGAACGAAACAAGACGAGACGCGAGAGCGCGCGGGCUCCAUCGCGUACGACACCAAAGACGAGCUCUUCCACGCGAUGCGCAAGGACGCCAUCACCGCCGCUUCCAGGGAACCGUGGAUGGCCGGCAUUCUCCAGCACAUUAUUGACGCGAGAUGUUUCGAGGACGCCGUGGCGAACAUGCUGAUGCACAAGCUCGCGUACGAAACAACCAACAAGCAGGAGAUGCGGCGCAAGUUCCGCGAGGCUUUACUUGAGGAAAGCGCUGCCUGUCGCGCCGACGCGCAGGCCGUGGUUCAAAGAGACCCGGCGGCGGACGGUGUGCUGGACGUGGUCAUGUACUUCAAGGGAUUUUCGGCCAUCCAAGGCUACAGGAUAGCGCACCGCGCGUGGGAGGCCGGCGAGCGCGCGUAUGCUCUCUGGCUGCAAUCGCGGUGCUCGCAGCAGUUCGGCGUGGAUAUCCAUCCCGCGGCGGUCAUCGGCCCGGCCGUGAUUAUCGACCACGCGACGGGCGUCGUGAUCGGCGAAACGGCCGUGGUCGGCGAGGGCUGCACCUUACUCCACGGCGUGACGCUGGGCGGCUCGGGCAAGGAUCAUGGGGACCGGCACCCGAAGAUCGGCAAGCACGUGCUGCUGGGGGCGGGCUGCUCGGUCCUGGGAAAUAUCCGCGUGGGCGACCGGUACCGACGCGGCGUCCUCGUACAUCAUACGCCGUCGACGCAUAUCCGCGCAGGGCAAAGCUCGGCGCCGGCUCCAUCGUCCUCAAGCCCAUCCCGUCCGGCGCGACGGCCGUCGGGGCGCCGGCGAAGAUCGUCGGCCGCGUGCAGGAGGAGAAUCCCGCGGGCCGCGGCUGGGUCGACGCCGGCGUCACGGAGUGCGUCUGGAGCGAGCUCACGAGGCAUGCGGGACCCACUCCAAAAAAUACGAUCUCGUACCCGUCGUUCAAGAAGCUGCUCUCCAGUUCCAGCGUCGACGAAGCCGCCAUCGGCGAGCUCUUCUUCGAAUUGGACGGAAAUUUGGACGGCUUCAUCACGGAGAAGGAGUUCCGGGAAAAUUUUGACAAGUGCAGCGAUAAACUGUGCGAGGCCAUGUGCGAGUCGUCGCUGCAGUGCCCCGAGCGGCGGACGUCUAUUAAACGACAUGUCGUCGGCACGAUGCACCAGAUCACGCCGACUGGAUCGACAUCGCCGACGCACCGCUCCCUCGAGAGCCCCGAAUGAUUGCUCCGGCGCGCUUGAUGAUGACUCGCCCUAAUUGUGUGCUGGCGCUACGCGCUGCCGCCGCGACAACAUCUCUCGCCGCGACGGCUUCGAGUAAGAC